AUGAGGCUGGCGCGGCUGCUUCGCGGAGCCGCCUUGGCCGGCCCGGGCCCGGGGCUGCGCGCCGCCGGCCCCAGCCGCAGCUUCAGCUCGGACUCGGACUCCAGCCCGGCGUCCGAGCGCGGCGUUCCGGGCCAGGUGGACUUCUACGCGCGCUUCUCGCCGUCCCCGCUCUCCAUGAGGCAGUUCCUGGACUUCGGAUCAGUGAAUGCUUGUGAAAAGACCUCAUUUAUGUUUCUGCGGCAAGAGUUGCCUGUCAGACUGGCAAAUAUAAUGAAAGAAAUAAGUCUCCUUCCAGAUAAUCUUCUCAGGACACCAUCCGUUCAAUUGGUACAAAGCUGGUAUAUCCAGAGUCUUCAGGAGCUUCUUGAUUUUAAGGACAAAAGUGCUGAGGAUGCUAAAGCUAUUUAUGACUUUACAGAUACUGUGAUACGGAUCAGAAACCGACACAAUGAUGUCAUUCCCACAAUGGCCCAGGGUGUGAUUGAAUACAAGGAGAGCUUUGGGGUGGAUCCUGUCACCAGCCAGAAUGUUCAGUACUUUUUGGAUCGAUUCUACAUGAGUCGCAUUUCAAUUAGAAUGUUACUCAAUCAGCACUCUUUAUUGUUUGGUGGAAAAGGCAAAGGAAGUCCAUCUCAUCGAAAACACAUUGGAAGCAUAAAUCCAAACUGCAAUGUAGUUGAAGUUAUUAAAGAUGGCUAUGAAAAUGCUAGGCGUCUGUGUGAUUUGUAUUAUAUUAACUCGCCCGAACUAGAACUUGAAGAACUAAAUGCAAAAUCACCAGGACAGCCAAUACAAGUGGUUUAUGUACCAUCCCAUCUCUAUCACAUGGUGUUUGAACUUUUCAAGAAUGCAAUGAGAGCCACUAUGGAACACCAUGCCAACAGAGGUGUUUACCCCCCUAUUCAAGUUCAUGUCACGCUGGGUAAUGAGGAUUUGACUGUGAAGGUGGAGUGUCACUCUGUUGCCCAGGCUGGAGUGCAGUGGCGUGAUCUUGGCUCACUGCAAGCUCCGCCUCCCGGGUUCAUGUCAUUGUCCUGCCUCAGCCUCCUGAGUAGCUGGGACUUCAGGCGCCCGCCACCACUCCCGGCUAAUUUUUUGUAGAGACGGGGUUUCACUGUGUUAGCCAGGAUGGUCUCGAUCUCCUGACCUCGUGAUCUGCCCACCUUGGCCUCCCAAAGUGCUGGGAUUACAGGCUUGAGCCACCGCACCCGGCCUAAUUUCCAGAAUUCUGUCAAAGUAGAUUCUUCAUGAUUUUUGCACCCCCCACCCCCCCCUUUUUUUUUUUUUUUUUUGGUGCUUUGAUAGAGGAGAGACUUUUGCAGGUUCUUUCUCUCCUACUUUUGCUGAUGUCACUCCUGCUGUUCUUUUUGAGAAGACAAUGUUUAUUACAAUUCCUCUUCCUUUUUAUGUGACCAGUUUUAGGUGUCUACUUUUGUUUAACUGGAGUUUUUAACAUUUUUUUUUUUUAAGCUGUGUUCUGAAGUUUCAGUGAUGUGACUUGGUGUGGGCCUUUUCUUACUUAUUGGGCUGUGGUCUUUGAACUUCCCAUUAUUUUCUUGAUAUUUUCCUUUUCACUGUGUGUUUAGUCUCUGAUAGUCAUAUUAGGAGGAUGUUGGGCUUCAUGACAUCAUUCCCUGUUUUUUAUCGUUUCAACUUUUUAUUCUAUUCUGUGAGAUUUCCUUGACUUCAGAUUCCCAGCCCUUCUAUUGAACUUUUAUUUCCAUUAUCUUACAAAUUUCCAAGAACCCUUAUUUUUAAAAUUAAUCCCUUUUUAGAAUUCUGCUCUAGUUUUAUUUUAUUGCUCUAAGGAUAUUAUUGUGUUUUUUUAAAUUAAUUUGCCUCUGCACCCUGCAUUGUCCAUUUCCUGAGUUUCCUUUUGUUUCUCUCUCGUUUGUUCAUUUUAAAGAGCUAGGCACAAAUAAGUCAAUAAAUGGCAGUGCCAUCUGUUUGCUGUAAAAACUAUGAAUGUAUCACUUUUUUUUUUUUUUUUUUUAGCUCAAAUGCUAUUUUUUGGUUAGUUAUGUGUCAGCUACUUGUCCGUUAAGGUUUACAGUCAAGAAAAGACCCAUUGGUCUUCUGGUUUGGGGCUUAAGUUGUGCUGCAGCAUGUUCUUUCUUGUACCUUUUUCUGCUUCUAUUAGAAGUGCUUUAUUUAGCAUUCUGAUCUGCAGCUGCUUUCUAUUGCUAUUAUCUGUCAUUGCAUAGAUCAAGGUUUACUGAGUUCUUAGACUCGCAUAAGAGAUUAUUUCUGUGCUGGUGGAUAGGCUUCGCCUAGGGAAUCUGUCUUUAUGAUAUAAAGAAAAAUUCAUAAUGACCCAGCAAUCCCACUCCUAUGUCUAUACCUUAAAGGAUUGAGAAUAUUUAGGCAAAAACUUACACACAAAUACUCAUAGUGGCACUAUUCACAAUAGUGUACAGGUAGAAACAACCCAAAUAGCUAUCAGCUAAUGAAUGGAUAAACAAAAUGUGGUAUGUCCAUAGAGUGGAAUAUUAUUUGGCCACAAAAGGAAUGAAAUACUGAUAUAUGUUACAAACUGGUUGUUAUAACAUUGAAGACAUUAUGCUAAGUGAAAGAAGCCAAUCACAAAAGGCCACAUAUUAUAUGAUUUUAUUUACAUGAAAUGUCCAGAAUAGGCAAAUAUAUAGGGACAGAAAGUAGAUUAGUGGUUGCCUAGGGAUAUGACCACUAAAGGAGCUAGGGUUUCUUUUGGAGGUGAUGAAAAAUUCUAAAAUUGACUGUGGUAAUGGUUGCACAUAUCUAUGACUGUAUUAAAAACCAUUCAAUUAUAUACUUUAAGUGCAUUAAUUAUAUGGUAUAUAAAUUAUUUUUAUCUUUUUUGAGAUGGAGUCUCCCUCUGUUGCCCAGGCUGGAGUGCGGUGGCAUGAUCUCAGCUCGCUGCAAGCUCCGCCUCCCAGGUUCAAGCGAUUCUCCUGCCUCAGUCUACCUAGUAGCUGGGACUACAGGUGCCUGUUACCACACACGGCUAAUUCUUGUAUUUUUAGUAGAGAUGGGGUUUCGCCUUGUUGGCCAGGCUGGUCUCGAGCUGCUGAUCUCAAGUAAUCCGUCUGCCUCCGCCUACCAAAGUGCUGGGAUUACGGGCAUGAGCCACUGCGUCCAGCCUGAUAUGUAAAUUAUAUCUGAAUAAAGCUGUUUAAAAUAAAAUAGGCCUGUAAAGAUCUCAAAAAAGAGUGUUCUAGAAGCCUGCUAUGUUAAUUAUAUUUGAAUAAAGCUGUUUAAAAUAAAAUAGGCUUGUAAAGGUCUCAAAAAGACUGUUCUAGAAGUCCUGUCUGUAUUAGGCUCUGCCUUUACCUGUUGUUUCUGCUCCUCACAUCCAAGGUCACAUGAAGGCAUCUCCUCUUGAGCCUCUCUUUACAUGUUGAAUUCUUGCUUUUUCUUCAGUCGAGCUUUGAUCCCCAUUACUUACCCUAGACUUUCAGAAUCAAGGCUUGGUUUUUUUUCUUCCCCAUUUUUUUUAGCUUGUUCAAAUUAUUGAUGUUUUUUACCUUUUAUCCUCCUGCUAAAAAUCCUAUACAAAAGUUGUUGUUUGUGUCUUACAGCCCUAGCUGCUCUUUCAAUUAUAUGUUUAGUAUAUAAUCUAUAAAUAACCUAUGUGUUAUAGCCACAUGCCUUUUUUUUUUUUUUUUUAAUAGACGCAGUGUUAUUCUGUCACCCAGGCUGGAAUGCAGUGGCAGAAUCUCGGCUCACCGCGACCUCUCUUUCCCGGGUUCAAGCAACUCUUCUGUCUCAGCCUCCCGAGUAGCGGGGAUUACAGGCGCGCGCCAGCAUACCUGACUAAUUUUUGUAUUUUUAGUAGAGACGGAGUUUCACCAUGUUGGCCAGGCUGGUCUUGGAACUCCUGACCUCAAGUGAUCUGACCACCUCAGCCUCACAAAGUGCUGGUUACAGGUGUGAGCCACAGCGCCUGGCCUACAUGUCAUUUAAAUUACAACUUAAAUGUCUUGGUUCAUUUACUGUUGAUGAUUUUACAAACUUAACAGUGAAAACGCUGUUGGCUAAGAAACUUUAGGAGCUCUGGGUGAAUACAGGGAAUGUCCUGGCUUUAGAACUGUCAUGUAGUCAGUAGUGGUUCAUUUCAUCUGGGCCUAGAGUUCACAUGAAUUAACCUAGGGAGCCUAGUGUUAUCAGGAACAGGAAGUUAGGGAUGGCAGCUCUUGGUUAGAUGACAUUGACAAGUGGUGCUUUUGUGCACUGAAGAGAAAACUUUAAAAAUAAUUGGCAAACUUCUCUUCCUUGGCCUUCCUGUUGACAUUACUUAUCUCAUUAUCUUAAUAAGGUUGCGUGUUAGUUUUCACAUCUCUCUUUCAAUACAUUUGUCAUCAAGGGUACCAUUCUUCUUGCCUUGAAUAUAUACAGACUAAAUAUCUGUCUCUCCAUUAUUCCCUCCCUCCCUUUUCCUGAAGAACUUGGAUCCUCCAAUAAUCUAUUACUGCUCUUUUGGAAACUCUAUUGCCUACUUUAAAAUCCACUGGCUCCAGUUUGUUGUAUUGUUGGCUGCAAAGCAAAGUACUACUUUGACUGUAGUUUCUAACUCUAUUCCUGUGGCUUAGUUUGCCCUUUACCUCUAGCAAGAUGAUGCUUCUCACAUCCUCUCUGUCCUGUCUGCUUAGCCCCUCUUAUUUUCCCAUGCAGCCUGAGGCUGGAAAUGACUUCUUAUUUUGUACUUGCUAGGUUGUUGUUACAGUCUCCCUGGCCAAAAGGUUAAGGAAGACCAGGAAAUAUUUACUCAAGUCUACCUUUUUAUCUUAGUGUCUAUUCUAAUAUGUUCUUUACUCCCUUCAUGUAUUUAUAGAAUACACAUACUUCUUAUUCAUGUUAUUAGCAAAUGUGCAGCAGAGCAUUGAAUUAAAGGAUGAAUAAUUAAUAAAUUGAUGGAUUUCUCAAAAUACCCAGAGCUCUUUAUUCAUCUUACUAAAAUAAAUUACUUUACAGGGCCAAGAGUAAUUUCAAGCAUAAUGCUACAUAAAAGUUUGUUUUGUUUUUUUGUUUUUUAACUGAGCAGAGUCUCGCUCUGUCACCCAGGCUAGAGUGCAGUGGCACAACCUUGGCUCACUGCAACCUCCUCCUGGAUUCUAAGAGAUUCUUGUGCCUCAGCCUCCCGAAUAGCUGAGAUUACAGGCGUGCACCAUGACGCCUGGCUAAUUUUUGUAUUUUUAGUAGAGACAGUGUUUUGCCAUGUUGGCCAGGCUGGUCUCGAACUGCUGACCUCAAGUGAUUCGCCUGCCUUAGCCUCCCAAAGUGCUGGGUUUAUAGGUGUAAGCCACCACACCCAGCCACAAGUUCCUAAUAAAGUCCUUGUAUACUUUAUUAUUGAUAGUGUAAUUACUUAAUUUUAGAUGUGUUAGAGGCACAUCUUUCAAUGGUAUUUCAAGGCAGAUUUUUUUAGUUACAAAAAUCAAAAUAUCCAUAUAAUUACUAUUAUAAAGGUAAUAUAUAUAUACUGUAAAAAUUUUUAAAUAUAUAAAAACUCAACUAUAAGCCAUUCAGCCUAUUGACUUUUAAUACAUAUUAUUCAGUACUAUUUUAACCUAUAUAUACAUAAAUUAAAAGCAGAUUUGUUUGUAUAUGACAACUAUAUUGUUAUAGGCAGUAAAAUCAAUUCAGAUUCUGUGACAAAGGAAAAUGGCUGUAGUAGAUUAGAAUACAAGCUGGAUACUAGCUAGGAAAAUAAGUCCAUGUUAACUUUGAACGAAAAGAAAAA